AAAAGGGUAGUCGAAGCACGGAAUAUGAGUCAAGCCCAGCAGCACGUGCUUGCAAGUGCAAUAGUCCUCGCGUUGCUAGUCGUCCUCUGCAUCCACGUGUUUCUGUUCCCCAUGUACACCUCGAGUCCAGCCACUCGACGCAUCAGGAUAUCCUCGUACGAGCAAGCCCUGUGCCAUGACAUUUAUUCACGGGCAGUCAAGACCGGACACGGUAAGCGCAAAACACCCUCUUGUCCCAAGUACGGCAUCAUCUCGGCGGUGCAGGGUGGAAGAUUGGGCAAUCAAAUCUGGGAGUACGCUUCGGUCUGGGCCAUUGCUAGGAGAACUGGACUCGAGCCGUACAUGCCGAGAUGUAUAUUGAAAACUUUGGAGGAGUACUUCGAACAUCUGAGCAUACCAUCUCUGAGUAGUAUCAACCAGUGCAUUAUUGACGUCGGCCAGAUCGUUAAUUCAUUGUCGGAGUGGAACAGCACGGAGCAAAACAUCAUUAUUCCAAAAUACGCGGCUUAUUGGUCCUUGAUACUGGUGUGGCUGGAUGACUUCCGUCAAGAGUUCAAGUUCCAAAAGAGCUUGCGGAGGCACGCCAAAACGGUACUCAAGGAGGCCUCGGCGCGGUACAACCUGUCGAAGCCGACGUACGUGGGCGUGCACGUGCGCCGUACCGAUUACAUCGACUAUCUGUGGCAGAAAUUGCGAGUGAGACCGGCACCGGUGGACUAUUACUUCAAGGCGAUGAAUUACUUCGACGAGAAGUACGAGAACGCGAUAUUUGUGGUUGCGAGCGACAACAUAGGCUGGUGCAAGUAUCACCUGUUGAGCGCCGAUCGCGGUAAGUUUCGACGGAUCGUCUUUAUUUCCAGCUACGAGGACCCCCGUGGUCCCGGCAAGGAUUUGGCAGUGCUGGCGUCUUGCGACCACGCCAUCAUCGAUUACGGCACUUACGGGGCCUUCGGGGCGGUCCUGGCUGCAGGUGAGACAAUUGUUUAUAACGUUUCUACGCACUUUUCUACUAUGAUUGCCGAGGCUUUGCCGAAUUGGAAAAUCAUCACUUAAAAUACAACGUUUUUACGUACGAUUAAGUAUACAUGCAUGGUGUCAUAUAAUAAUAUACGUGUAUUGUCGCCUUCUGCUUUGCCAAGGAGAGACUUUAGUCUGAGGGGCCAUUUUUUCACAGCACACAACGUUUUCAAAACGCUGGAAAAUAAUGUUAUUUUCAAAACUCUAAAACGUUUUUACAAUGGUUGUUUUUUCGGUAAAUUUGUGAAAAGGCUACAAAAACAUUGACAAUGUCUGCUGCUUUUAUUGACUAAAAAAAUUACACCUUUCGACCUCUUUUGUCUUAAUUUACAUGUAGUGAGUGGCCAAAUUAGGUUUUACCAUAGAAACGACAAGGCGUAAAGUGUUGUAAUUAUAUAUCUAGACUAAGCCAUUUUAUAUAGUACUCUGUUGCUAUUUAUAAAAAUAAAUCAAAGUAUACAAUAUCGUUGCUAAAAAUUAUCAUAAAAUAUGGCUUAGUCCUGAUGAGCUUUAGGCGAAUUUUUAUUUUCCAUGAAAAGUCACUUAUAAGGAAUCCAGUAAGUUCUUUUUAGUCACAAAAAUCAGCGGACAUUUUCGACAUUUUUAAAAGGUUUUUCACAACUUUGUCAUAUAACUUUUGUUUUUUACGUUAUAAAGUUAUAAAAAUAACGUUUUUCAAUGUUUUUGUACCGUAUUAGGCGUUCAAGGAUCACUUCUUGGUGUCAAUUUUUUCCAUCAGUGAAUUUUCCUCCUGUUUUUUAUAUAAUUUCUUUAAAUUUUGAAGUUGCGAGUUAAAAUUUUUUUGAAUAAUUGAAAAAUAUAUUUAUAACGGACAGUCUAAAAAGUUUCAAGUAUUCCUGUGUUUUAUAUUAGCGCGAUUGGUUAUUUAAUUUGGAAACGAAAAAUACGAUUAAAAAAAAAAUACAUGCAAAAAUCAAAUAUAUCGAUGAAAUCAGCGUGGCAUUUCAUAUACAAUUCUCGUGAUACGAUGUGCAUUUAAUUUUUGCACCCAUCAGAAAAAACGUAAUAUUUACAGUAGAAAAAAAGUCAUAGAAAAUUAAAAAUUGUAGAAAAAUCGUGGACCAUUUUGUCCUCAGUAUUAUAUUUUGUUUGAUUACAAAGAUAUCUAUAUACAUUCUAAAGUAUUUAUUUUUUUAACAAUCUAUGCAGUGACCUCGUUCUAUCUGUCGAUGGAAACAAAAAUAAAUGUUAGGAAAGAAUCGGAACUAAUAAUAAGCUAGACAAGGAAAAUAAAAGAAAUUUAAUCUUUGAAAUUUACAAAAUGAAAUUCUAUAAACAAUCUGUUCUCUUCUUGAGACUUUUGCAAUGUACAAUGAUUUCGUCUGUGAUUUUUUCUUAUUGUGCCAAAAUCAUGAAAUCUUUAAUUAUAUUCAAAUCAAUUUAUUAUAUAUGUGAAAAAUAGCAUUCAAAGCUAGUUUACUGUUAAUUGUUUGCUACAAAAUGUUACGUGUAUACAAAUAUUUAAUAUAUAUAAUUCCCAUAUGUCUAGACAGCAACAUUAUAACAACCCACUCAAAGACACUUUAAAAAUUGUUUAAGUAACCUUGACUAUUUUUUAUAAUAAAUUUUUUUUAAACUCAUUGAGUAGUUAC